AUGGAAUAUCCUCGUUCUACCACGGCCAACACCACGGCCACAGCCACGCCCAUGCGCCCUGGCACUCCCGACUCUGCCGAGCCCUAUGGCGAUUCCAUCACUCCGCUGCCUCGCCAGCAGAACCCCUUUGCCUCGCCCUUGACCUCUCGCCCGGCUUCUACCACGGGCUCCAUGGUCGGGCCGCGCGUGCCUGGCGCUGGCCCCAACUACUUCCACUCCCGCCGUGUCAAGCGUGGUGAGGCCGAGAGACCCUGGACGAAGAAGAAGGACCCCAAGGAGAAGUGGGUGACCAUCCUCCCCCUUAUCGGUAUCCUCAUCGGUCUCGGUAUUUCCGGAUUUUUGAUCUGGGAUGGUCUCCGCACCGUCGUCAAGCACAAUUACUGUCUCUUGCUGGACGAAGAUUGGUCAGAAGGUUUCAAUGACAAGGUCUGGACCAAGGAGGUCGAGGUUGGCGGUUUUGGUAACGGUCAAUUCGAGAUGACUACCAACACUGAUGAAAACGCCUACAUUGAGAAUGGAAAGCUCGUCAUCAAGCCCACUCUUCAGGACGCAAAGUUGAUUGAAACCAACAACAUCAUCAACCUGCUUACUGACAAGAGCUGCUCGUCUGAUAUUUGGUCCAACUGCGUCACUUCCACCAACGUCACCAACGGUACCAUUGUCAACCCGGUCAAGUCUGCCCGUAUCAAUUCCAAGAAGGGUGCAGUUAUCAAGUACGGUCGUAUUGAGGUCAAGGCCCAGCUUCCUGCCGGCGACUGGCUCUGGCCCGCCAUUUGGAUGUUGCCUGUCGACAGCGUCUACGGCGAGUGGCCACAGUCCGGUGAAAUUGACAUUGUCGAGUCCCGCGGUAACAACUACACCUAUUCCCAGGGUGGUAACAACAUUGUCAGCAGCGCUUUGCACUGGGGUCCCAACACCGCCAACGACGCUUGGUGGCGGACCAACGUCAAGCGCGAGGCUCUGCACACAACCUACGCCAAGAAGGCGCACACUUUUGGUCUCGAGUGGAGUGAAAAGUACCUCUUCACCUACAUUGACACCCGCCUGCUCCAGGUUCUCUACACCAAGUUUGAUGAGCCUCUCUGGAAGCGUGGUAACUUCCCGAUUGCCGACAGCAACGGCACUCGUCUUAGCGAUCCCUGGAGCCAAACUGGUAACGACGCUACUCCCUUUGACCAGGACUUUUACCUCAUUAUGAACGUUGCCGUCGGCGGCACCAACGGCUGGUUCAAGGAUGGUUCCAGUGGCAAGCCUUGGGUUGAUGGCUCUGCCACCGCCAAGAAGGACUUCUGGAAUGCCCGUGACCAGUGGAUGCCCACUUGGGAAAAGGACGGCCAGAUGUUGGUCGAGAGCGUCAAGAUUUGGCAGCAGCAGGGCUACAAUGGCUGCUAG